CUGCCAAAGAGUGAAGGAUGAAGCUGUCAUAUUUUUUGAUCCUGGUGGUCUUCUAUUCUGCAGUCAAUGCAAAUUUGAAGAUGGUGUCAAAGAGAAAUUCAGUGGAUGGCUGUAUUGACUGGUCAGUGGAUCUCAAGACAUACAUGGCUUUGGCAGGAGAACCAGUCAGAGUGAAAUGUGCCCUUUUCUACAGUUACAUCCGCACCAACUACAGCAUGGCCCAGAGUACUGGGCUCAGACUUAUGUGGUACAAAAACAAAGGUGAUUUGGAAGAGCCCAUCAUCUUCUCAGAGGUCAGGAUGAGCAAAGAGGAAGACUCAAUAUGGUUUCACUCAGCUGAGGCCCAAGACAGUGGAUUCUACACUUGUGUUUUAAGAAACUCAACUUAUUGCAUGAAGGUGUCAAUGUCCUUGACUGUUGCAGAAAAUGAAUCAGGCCUGUGCUACAAUAGCAGGAUCCGCUAUUUAGAAAAAUCCGAAGUCACUAAAAGAAAGGAGAUCUCCUGCCCAGACAUGGAUGACUUCAAAAAGUCUGAUCAGGAACCCGAUGUUGUGUGGUACAAGGAAUGCAAGCCAAAAAUGUGGAGAAGCAUAAUAAUACAAAAGGGAAAUGCUCUUCUAAUCCAGGAAGUUCAAGAAGAAGAUGGAGGAAAUUACACGUGUGAACUUAAGUAUGAAGGAAAACUUGUAAGAAGAACAACUGAAUUGAAAGUUACAGCUUUACUCACAGACAAGCCUCCCAAGCCAUUGUUCCCCAUGGAGAAUCAGCCAAGUGUUAUAGAUGUCCAGCUGGGUAAGCCUCUAAACAUACCAUGCAAAGCAUUCUUUGGAUUCAGUGGAGAAUCUGGGCCAAUGAUCUACUGGAUGAAAGGGGAGAAGUUUAUUGAAGAAUUGGCAGGUCACAUUAGAGAAGGUGAAAUAAGACUCCUCAAAGAACAUCUUGGAGAAAAAGAAGUUGAGCUGACACUCAUCUUUGACUCAGUGGUGGAGGCAGACUUAGCUAAUUAUACCUGUCAUGUGGAAAACCGAAAUGGACGGAAACAUGCCAGUGUUCUACUGCGUAAAAAGGAUUUAAUAUACAAAAUUGAACUUGCAGGAGGUCUGGGAGCAAUCUUCCUCCUCCUCAUAAUGUUAGUAGUCAUCUACAAAUGCUACAACAUUGAGCUUAUGCUUUUCUACAGACAACGUUUUGGAGGGGAUGAAACUACUGAUGACAACAAGGAAUAUGAUGCUUAUCUUUCAUACACAAAAGUGGAACAAGAUACUUUAGACUGUGACAAUCCUGAAGAAGAGCAGUUUGCUCUUGAAAUACUGCCAGAUGUCCUGGAAAAGCAUUAUGGAUAUAAACUCUUCAUUCCAGAAAGAGACCUGAUUCCAAGUGGAACAUACAUUGAAGAUCUCACAAGAUGUGUUGAGCAAAGCAGAAGACUUAUUAUCGUGCUAACUCCAGACUAUAUUCUCAGACGGGGAUGGAGUAUUUUCGAACUGGAAAGCAGACUCCAUAAUAUGCUAGUCAGUGGUGAAAUCAAAGUGAUUUUGAUUGAGUGUACAGAGUUAAAAGGAAAGGUGAAUUGCCAGGAAGUUGAAUCACUAAAACGCAGCAUCAAACUUCUGUCCCUGAUCAAGUGGAAGGGACCCAAAAGCAGCAAAUUAAAUUCAAAAUUUUGGAAGCACUUAGUAUAUGAAAUGCCUAUCAAGAAAAAAGACAUGCUAUCUCGGUGCCAUGUUCUGGAUUCUGCAGAACAAGGACUUUUUGGAGAACUUCAGCCUAUACCCUCUAUUGCUAUGACCAGUACCUCAGCCACUCUGACAUCACCUCAAGCCGAUCUCCCUGAUUUCCACCAUUCAGAUUCAAUGCAAAUGAGGCAUUGUUGCAGAGGUUAUAAACACAAUAUAGCAUCCACCACCUUGCCAGUUCCUUCCUUAGCCAACCAUCACACUUACUGCAAUUUGCCUCUGACACUACUCAAUGGACAGCUCCCCCUUAAUAAUUCCCCCAAGGAUAUUGAGGAACUUCCUAGGAACAAUUCCCUGCUUCCUUUAUCAUCUAAAGAGCUUAGCUUUACCAGUGAUAUUUGGUAGUGGAAAAAAACAACAGAAUUCCUUUGAACAGUUAUAUGAGCAUACUUAACUUCUGCCAUAUUAAAUACGAAAAACCUAAAAACAUUGAGGUGCUGAAAAGUGGAAGAUAAAGGCACAAGAAUCAUUUUUGUACCUAAAUAAUUUUGUUUACAUUUCCAGAAUAGUGGGCAGGGUGGGUGGGGGAAAGGACUUGCUUUUGUAGUAUGGGACCUUGUUCCAAUGUAUAGUUUUGAUUUUGUCCUGAAAAAUUUUAAUUCUGUUUUAAAGCAAGUUUUUAUGAUGCCACAUAGACUA